ACUUCGUUUUUUAUGUAAUGGCAACACAGUUUACGGCGGUUGAUUGACUCGUCUAGCUUGCCGCCUGCGCGAUUUUCUGUGGCUUUUCGCGCCUCGCAUAAUUAUUUAGUCAUAAUUAUUUACAUGCACCUAACAUUCCACAAUGGGUGCAUAUUUAUCUGAACCUGUGACCGAAAAGGUAUCCAGCGAUGAAGCAAAUGAUAAACUAGAGUGCGGCGCGAGCUCCAUGCAAGGAUGGCGUGUCAACCAAGAGGAUGCUCAUAACACAAUCUUGGACUAUGACUCCAACACAUCUUUAUUUGCUGUUUAUGAUGGCCAUGGUGGGGCUGAAGUGGCAUUAUACUGUUCACAAAAUUUUCCAAAUUUCAUAAAAAAUAUAGAAGCAUACAAGACGGGUGAUCUGACGAAAGCUUUAGAAGAUGCCUUUCUGGAGUUUGAUGCUUCAAUUGCCACUAAAGAGGUGAUGGACAUAUUGAAAGAAUUGGCCGGAGAAAUAAAUCCACCAGGACCCAGUGACAAUGAAGCAGAAUCUGAGGAUGAAAAUGUCAGUAAUCUAUAUCAAGAGGCUAGGCUUCCAUUGCAGGAGGUUCUUGCUAAAUAUGAAAAUAAGCUAAGCACCCUUCAUCGUGCUCGUCUUGGCGAUACCGCUACGCCAUUAUCACCCUGCCUACGUGCCAAGAAAAACACUGAUGACGCUAGUGGAUCAGGUGCUGGUGCGUCCAGUUCAAGUUCAGGGUUCAGUUUUGUCGCUGGUUCUAGUUCAGAACAGGCCAGUGGUGAAGCAUCAUCAAGCAAGAAUGGCCUGUCGUCCAACACAGAUCCAGAGACCAAUGCAGAUGAAGACACAGGAGGUGUUUCUUCUACAAAUUCUAAUGAAGAAGACAAAGAUCUAAAUGGAGAGGUUUCAACAAGUGAUCCCCUACAAAAUGUUAAAGACCCCAUUGCUGUGGACAUUGACAAAACCAAUUCCACAGUACCCGAUAGUUCCGAAGACAAUUGUCAUGAACCUGAACAAAGUGGUGAUGCCAAGACUGAACCACUUACUGAUAAUGGCUCGGAAGUCUGUAAUGGGGAAGUAACUGAUUCAAAACAAGUUGAAACUGAAGAUAAUAAUAUAACAUCCUCGAAUGGUUCUGCUACCCCUGUUAAAUCAGGGAAAAUUAAACCAUCACCUGUAUCAAGCUCAGAGAAGACGGCGCCGGAGAGGCCGAAAAAGGCAAAUCUGCGCCGUGCAGCCGCCGCUGUAUAUGAAAAGCUUUUGAGGCAGGCGGCCGAGGAAGACGAUGAAAGUGACUCAAAUGAUGAGACUUUUGAAGGCGGCGAAGCUAUGUCUUCUGAUGAAGAAAAUGUUAAUGGAAUGGAAGACUCUUCUAUCGAUGGUGAAGCAGAAGAAGAAGACGAUGAAGAAGAUUAUGAAGCAGAAUCAAGUGAUGAAGAGGGUGAAGAGGAUCUUACAAUGACAGAGGAGCCAGGAAAUGAUAGCGGUUGCACUGCAGUGGUAGCAUUGCUACGAGACAAUGAAUUGUAUGUCGCGAAUGCUGGGGAUUCACGCUGUAUUAUCUGCAGAGAAGGAAAAGCCAUUGAUAUGUCAAUUGAUCACAAGCCAGAAGAUGCGCCAGAACUAGAGAGAAUAACCAAAGCUGGUGGGAAAGUUUCCACUGACGGACGAAUUAAUGGUGGCCUUAAUUUAUCGCGGGCCAUUGGCGAUCAUUCAUACAAACAGAAUAAAGAAAUGGGUGCUAAAGAACAAAUGAUCACAGCAUUCCCUGACGUAAAAACAUUGACAAUAGAUCCAGAUAAAGAUCAGUUUAUGGUGCUGGCUUGUGAUGGUAUAUGGAACUUUAUGUCUAGUCAAGAUGUUUGCGACUUCAUUCUACCCAGGUUGGCUGAAGGCAGGGAAAAGUUAUCACAGAUUUGCGAAGAGAUGUUUGAUCAUUGUCUGGCACCAAGCACAAUGGGUGAUGGGACAGGUUGUGAUAAUAUGACCGCAAUAAUCGUGCGAUUUAAAGAUGGAAAAAUUGCUGAGGUUGGUCAAAAUUCCAACAAUGCGGAAGGCUCGAAAAAACGCGUGGCUGAAGAAGAGCCCAGUGAAGAAACACAACAAGAAUGUAAAAGGCAAAAGUUUGAUGAUCCUCUUUCUAGUUCUGUAGUGACUUCCAGUGUUUAGACCUUUAAUAAAAAGACAAAAGUGUUCAAACCACACAAAUUAUUGUGAAACAUUUGGUGGAGAUUUAUAAUUUGAAUUAUAAAAUAGGCACACAAUGGUUUCUACAAUUUGGAAAUUUAUUUUUUGUUUCACUAAGUAAUUUAUUUUACGCAUUGCUAUUUUGGUUUAUCACCCUCAUAUUUUGUAUUUUAGUUGACAUGUAUUAUAUUUGCCAGUUUCCACUUCAAAAAUAAUGGAUAUACUAAUUAUUUAGAUGAUUAAUUAUGCAUGCACAUAGCUUCAUUGGUGAUGUCGAUUACAUAUUAUGUGAUAUGACGUGUAAGGAAAUACUGUAGUUAAAUAUUAUUAGUAUAUUUUCAAUAGCAACAAUUUGGGCCUUAUAAAUACGUUAUGCGUCAUUUUAUAACAUUAAGCAUUUAUUUACAUUUAAUUAUAAUGGUUUGUUGCUUUUGGAAAUUUAUUUUUUUAAACCUUUCUUCCUAUCUUUAGAAAUGUGUGACUGAAUUUAUCGCGAUAAUUUACAAGGACGAGGUGCGAUUUAUAAAUUAGUGAUUGUUUAUUACAUUAUGACGAAGGACUGCGACGGUAAAAUAGCCGAGCUGAUAAAUUGAUGGUUAUUUAAGCGGCUCAUAGUGAGUAUUCUCGAUAAGGGAAGAUUGCUGCUAAUGAUUAAAUUCAGAACUGACUUGUUGACGAUAGCCUUAGGUAAUAAGCUGUAAGUGUAAGUUAUAGUAAUAAAUGACUAUAGUCUAGUUAUGUUGAAACCCAUUAGUUUACAGAAUAAAAAAUGCAAAUACAAAAUUCAUUUGUAUCACUCGUUUUGAAGUAUAUCAUAACUAGAUAGUAGGAAUAUGAAACUUCAUUUUCAAUAUGUCGAAACAUGUUACGUGCAGCACAUUAUACCUGUUAGUGCCCAGUUAUAUAUUUGUGUACCUAUUUAUUGAUUUUUAUUGAAACCAUCUUGAAUACAAGGGUACUGUUACAAGUUAUUAUAGUUUUCUGUUUAUAAUUAUAGAAAAAAAAGAAAAUAGUUAAUUUGUUCUUAUUUAGAAUCUAAAAAUUGGUAUCUAAAUUAUUAAUCCACAUGAAAAUUCUCAAAUAAAUUGUUAUGGUGUUUGGUACAGAAAAUUAUUAUAAUAAUGACAUUGGCAUGUUCCUACAAAAAAAGUUAUAAAAUUUGGAGUCAAGGGAAUCUAAUGUAUAUUUCAAUUAUUUAUGUGUUAUUCUGUAGUAAUAAGUAGUUAUAUUUUUGUAAUCACAGGUAUUGUAAAAAAAUAAGAUAAUUUCACAAUCAUGAUACAUAUUCCAAGUUUAUUGUGAUUUGUAUAAACUUAUUGCAAAUGGACAAAUAUUGUGCAGGAAACCCCAUACUUCUACUUUGCAGGUUCAGUAUAAGAACUGUUCUCAUUUCAUGUGUGUUUCUAAGAAAAUUACAUUUUUACAGACUG